AUGAGAAAGAGACGAGCAUCAUCUACUGAGAAUCUAUUUACCACAACAAUCGAUGAGGUUGACAACCUUGUAUCUCAAAAUGAAGUUACCUUGGAGAAUAUUGGUGUUACUAUUGACGUGGAUAAUGAUAUAUUCAGUUUCUCUAUUCAACAUCUUUCUAUGGGAGCAAACAAUGGAGCAACUAGUAAGAAAAGAAAAAAAGAAGAUGCAAUGAAGGAUAAAGCGUCCGAAUUUGAGAUUAUUAAAGGAGUAAUGGAUAAUGUUGCUAAUGCACUACGAGAAGGAAAUGAGCUAUUCAAAGACAUGUACUGCCAUAAAGUUCCCCCAAUUUCUGGCGAAGAAACAUGGAAUUUACUGAAGGAAUGCGAGUUUGAUAAUAACUUAUUGACAGACAUGUACUGUUUUUUUAUGAGUGACAUCGACAAGCUUCGAUGUGUUUUUCAAUGUCCGCCCGAAGCUUCAAAGCUACCAGCCUUCGCUUGCAAUUUCAGGAGAACACAGGGAGAGGGAUCAAUGAUGGUUCGACUGUUGCUGUUGUCGUGUGUUCUAUUGUCGUUGAUAAGCAUUGGGAGUGCUGGUGUUACGAGUGCUUUUAUUCGGACUGAGUGGCCGUCGGUUGAUAUACCGCUUGACAAUGAGGCGUUUGCAGUUCCUAAAGGCUACAACGCUCCGCAACAAGUGCACAUUACACAGGGUGACUAUGACGGGAAAGCUGUUAUAAUCUCAUGGGUAACAGCUGAUGAGCCUGGGUCCAACAAAGUUCGAUAUGGCUUAUCAGAUGGACAUUAUGAUUUUACCGCAGAGGGGACAGUGCAUAACUACACCUUCUACAACUACAAGUCUGGUUAUCUUCAUCAGGCUCUUGUUGAUGGUCUUCAGUAUGACACUAAGUAUUACUAUGAAAUUGGGGAUGGUGAUUCGUCAAGAAAGUUUUGGUUUCAAACACCACCGCAAAUCAAUCCAGAUGUGUCUUACAAAUUUGGAAUAAUUGGUGAUCUUGGUCAAACAUUCAAUUCCCUGUCAACUCUCAAUCAUUGUAUGAAGACUGGUGCUCAGGCUAUUUUAUUCGUUGGGGACCUUUCCUAUGCUGACAGAUAUGAUAAUCAUGAUAUUGGUGUCCGCUGGGAUACCUGGGGCCGUUUUGUUGAAAAAAGUGCAGCAUAUCAACCAUGGAUCUGGUCGGCAGGAAAUCAUGAAAUAGAGUACUUUCUACAUUUGGGAGAGGUUACACCUUUCAGAAACUACCUUCAGAGAUAUCCUACACCUUAUCCUGCUAGCAAAAGCAGUAACCCUCUAUGGUAUGCCAUAAGAAGGGGAUCUGCUCAUGUUAUUGUCCUAUCCAGCUACUCUCCAUUUGUAAAAUAUACACCACAGUGGAAGUGGCUUGAACAGGAAUUAAAAAAUGUCAACCGUGAGAAGACUCCUUGGCUGAUUGUGCUGAUGCAUUCACCAAUGUACAAUAGCAAUGAUGCUCAUUUUAUGGAGGGGGAGAGCAUGAGGGUUGUGUUCGAGAGUUGGUUCUGUCAAUAUAAAGUUGAUGUUGUUUUUGCUGGUCACGUCCAUGCUUAUGAGAGAUCGUACCGCAUCUCAAACAUAUUUAGGUCGAAUGGUACUUCACAUACUGUUCCAAACAAAUCAGCUCCUAUUUACAUUACUGUUGGGGAUGGAGGAAACCAGGAAGGACUUGCUAAUCGAUUUAGGGAUCCCCAGCCAGAGUACUCUGCCUUUCGUGAAGCUAGUUAUGGACAUUCGACGUUGGAAAUAAUGAACAGAACUCACGCCUUUUACCAUUGGAACCGGAAUGAUGAUGGGAAACUAACACCAGCAGAUUCAUUUGUGUUGCACAAUCAGUACUGGGGAAACAAUCACAGAAGAAGAAAACUGAAGAAGAACCAUCUUCAUUCUGUCAUAUCCAGUUUGCGAUUUGGAGCUGAAAGGUUAUGA